AUGAACACAAGAUCACGUGGUCAAGACAUUCUGUUCUGGACAAGUGAUCUUCAAAGAGCUGAACAAGAGAAACAGUCAAAGCAAGGCAGAGAUAGAGCUGAGAAGCAACUGAGAGCUGAACAGCAGCUAGAGAACGACGUACCAGAGCUUGUGAGCAUGGCAGACCCACCAGAAGUCCCAGAGUUUCCAUUGAGAGCUGACCAGCAGCAUGGAGGAUAUCCAGUUCAUCCUCCACACCCUCAACUGCCACGGAAUCACCCCACCACCAGUCCCUUUUAA